CUCAAAAACCCGCCAUUUGCCCUUCUCAUUUAAAACUUCAAACUAAACCCCCCUCCUUUAUUUCUCUUUCAUUUUCCUCUGCGCCAAACAAAACCCUAGAACUCCAAUUCACUCUACCCCUUCCCCACCACAUGCUUACCAUGCAUCCUCACCCCUACACGGUCGAUUCCCUCUCUAAAUCACAAGAACUUGCAUCCGCUAUCUUCUCUUCCUCCACACCCGCUCAGAUCUCCUCUGUGUGCUCCUCCAUCGCCUCCUUCUUACAAACUCACACACCCGAUCAGUCUCGCCACUUCUUCUCCCUCACAUUCCCCACCUUAAUCUGCAAGCUCUAUGGCUUUGGAGACGGCGCGUCGCCCCCUAAUGAAACCCAGCUCGCCUCAUCAAACGGUGGCUGGAUUGAUAUAAUCCUUCAAUCAAAAGACUCCGAUCUCGCUUCUAGAGUUUUCAGCCUCCUCUCACCAAAUGGCGUUAUUUUCCAGUCAAUCUAUGCUGUUGAUCGUCAAUCGCUGGUGAAAUAUGUGUUCCCAGUCGAGCGGUUGCCGGAAUGGGCCCGGUUCAUGCUAUCGAGCGAGAGAGAUUGUCAAGUCUUAAACAAUCUUUGCCCUCUGUUUAGAGGUAAAAUUAAGGAGGAUUCAAUUAAAGGCUCUUUGUAUUACCAAGUCCAGUUAAAUGUUUUUGAGUAUUUCAUGUUUUGGUUCGCCUAUUACCCUAUCUGCAAAGGCAACAGCGAGAAUCCAAACAAUAAACCUACAAAACGAACCAGAAAGUUAAAACUAGAAAAUUGGAUUUGGACCUCCUCUAUUCCUGGGUUUUCGCAUUCUAAGCGCGGAAAUGAACAGGAAUUUGAGCAUAAUCUGUAUGUGCGGCUUUUAUGUGCAUAUUUGCUUGCUUUUGUGCCUAUACGUGAUUUGGAGUCACAUCAGCCCUAUCGCAACUCGCUUCUGCAUUAUGGACGGGGAAAUGAUGGAUCAAUUUUGUUGAGAGCAGAGUUUUUUGUUGAUACAUUGGUGCACUAUUGGUUGGUUGAUAAUGAUUUCUCUCCUCUGCCUGUUAAUGUUUGCAAGUCAUUUGGAUUGUCAUUCUCACUCAAGUCAGUUUUAGGUGAGAAUCCACCAACGCCUAAUUUAGGUGAGAUAGUGAAGUUACUGGUUAAGCACUUGAACUUGAGUGCGACUGUGGUCAAAGAUAGCCCUGCCCAAGCAGAGAGUCCAAAAUGGAGGUCUUCUGUAGGUUCAUUUGAUUUGAAGUCAAGGGAAUUUGCUGCAUCUUUGAAUGAUUCUAUGCAUGUGGGUGCCUCAUGGAAUUUGUGGAUUCAGAGGCCAGUUUAUAGGUUCGUUUUGAGGACAUUUCUAUUUUGUCCAGUGGGGACUUCUAUAAAGAAUGCUUCACAGGUGUUUCUGGUUUGGAUUAGUUUUUUGGAGCCUUGGAAGGUUGGGUUAGGUGAUUUUCUAGAACUUGAUGCAAUUGCGGAUGGGUUGGGAAAGGAUUUGAAGAAGGAAAAUGAGAGGAGUAGAGAGGGUGGCUAUUCAGCUUUGUGGCAGGAUUAUGUGUUAUCUAAUUACUUGUACUACAGUUCUUUAGUUAUGCAUUUCAUUGGGUUUGCUCAUAAGUUUCUUCACACUGACCCAGAACUGAUAGUCCAGAUGGUAUUGCAGGUUAUGAAAAUACUGACAUCAUCCAAGGAGUUAACUGAUCUAGUAAAGAAAAUGGAUGCUGUUUUCCAUUCCAAACAAGCUGGAUCAGGCAAAUUGAUGCUUAACAGCUUAUAUAGAUAUGUUCCUUUGAUUCGUGAACACUUGCAGGACUGGGAGGAUGGUUUAUGUGAGAGUGAUGCUGAUGGAUCUUUCUUGCAUGAGCAUUGGAACAAAGAUUUAAGACUUUUUAGCGAUGGGGAAGAUGGUGGACAACAACUCCUUCAGUUGUUUAUAUUGCGUGCGGAAGCUGAGUUGCAAGCUAAUUCUGGUGAUAACCUCGCACACAACUUGCAGCUUGUGGAUUCGUUGAAGGCACAGGUGAGCUGCUUGUUUGGUGGUUAUACCGUAAAACCAAUUUCAUUUACACCAGAAACGAAGCAGCCUGAGCAAUCUCGAGAUGAAAUAUUCAAGCCCAGAAGGGUCGCCAACCGAGCAUUGGCUGAUGUCAAAUACAGGGGUGACCGGAUGAAGCGCCCCAUCUCUGAUGAUGAGGUUGCAUGGCUUGCAAACUUACUUGUGUGGUUAUCAAUCUGGCUUAACGAGAAUCUGGGGCUGAAUCAAGAAGACAACAAUGAUGGUGGCCCUAAAUGGUCAUAUGUGGAGGUCUCAAGUGAGGUGGAAAAUGUAUGUGGACCCUCGGAGAGUAUGAAAAUGAUGUUCUUUGCUAUCAGUUCGUGGUUCCUUGCGCUGUGUGGCUCAGCAGUGAGGUUAAUGAGAAAGCACGGUGUGAGAAUAAACCUCAGGAUACUGGCCUCGAAGAAGGUUGUCAUGGUUUUGUUCAUGUCUGCUCUGUUCAGCGUAUUGAAGAAAGCUUUUGGGUUUAUAUCAGUGUAAAUAUGACGGGAAAAGAAUUAUAAGAUUAGAAAAUGUUUGAAACAGAAAAGUGUUUUGGGGGGGGGGGGGGGGUGGAGUAUUUUUCUUGGUGGUUUGCAGGUUUUGCUGCUUCGAAUUUUAUUUUUUUGCCUUGUAAAUAAGCAAGAAAAAUAUAGCAAAAGAAUUUCGCUGUCCAUGUGUUUCCCGAAGUUGUGAUUCCCGUAAUUCUCAUGUCCAACUUCCUUAUAUACGGGUAAUCCCUUGAGAGAGAGAGAGAGAGUUUUAAUUAUCAGA